CUACCUGGAGAAGGAGGGAGACAGGUGUGCUUCGACCAUGCACAGGUUUCCCCUCAAGACGCGUAUCCUACACUUUCUUCUCUGCUGACGAACCCUCUACAGUCUACAGCGUCUCUCCCUGCUAAGUCACCACCACACACCAUGGGCAGCGGCAUCAGUAGGGGAGGAGCCGAAGGGGUGCCGCUGGAGACGAUCAGGAAGCAUACGAACUGCGUGAACUGCAUGUGUCUGUCCGAGGACGGCUCCCUGCUGGUCACGGGCUCCGACGACACCACCGUUAACAUGUGGAGCACCGAGACCGACCCCAUGGAACACCUGGGCACGCUGGAGGGGCACACGGGCUUCAUUCAGUGUGUCACCGUUCACGACACCUACGUCAUCACGGGUUCCAAGGACUCCACCAUCAAGCGCUGGGACAUGGCGACGCUGGAGUGCGAGUUUACCUACACAGGACACACCAGCCGCGUCAACAAGCUCAUCUGCACGGGGGAGUUCAUCUUUAGCACCUCGCACGAUAAGACGGCGCGGGCGUGGCUCUUCGAUACGGGGACGGUGGAGGAGAACGGCGACGCGUGUAUCAGGGUUUUCGAAGGGCACACGGGGGUUGUCUCGCCUGUUAUCUUCAUCCCGGAGAAGGCGAUACGUAUUCCGGAUAAGGACAACCGCGACAUCUACCCGACGGACUUGGUCAUCACUGGGAGCUUCGAUAACACGGCGAUAGCUUGGUCCUUUGAUACCGGCACCUCCUUGCGGAAGUUCAAGGGCCAUCGCCAACCCAUCACCUGUAUGGACACCGAUCCUAAGGGCACGAUUCUCUACACGGCGGCCCAAGACAGAGCUAUAAUUGCCUGGGACAUUAGCAACGCCCACAUAAUGAAGAGGGUGGACAACGCGCACUCCGGGGCCAUCCUCCACCUGCGGGUCGUCAACAGGCUGGCCUACACCUGCGGCACGGACUACUCGGCCAAGUGCUGGGUGCGGGAGGGCCUCGAGAACACGCGGACGUACAAGGACCACACGGACUCGGUCAUCACGGCGAAGUUCCAUAAAGGGAUACUGUACACCGCUUGCAAUGACGGGCUGGUGCGGGCCUUCGACGCUAAGAGUGGCGCUCUCAAGAGAAAGUUCAAGGGACACGAGGGCGCGGUGACCUGCCUGGUGGUGUGGGGGCCGAAACACGUCGACCAGCAGUACACGCGAGUCAUCUCAGGCGGCAACGACAACACGAUCAGGGUGUGGAACGCGACGGGGCUCAGUGACGAGUUCCCGGAGGAGCCUGAACCGAACCACGAACUCAACUCAAAACGACAAACGGAACGACUAAACGACCUCGACAAGCGACUCGACGACUACAUGCCCGUCUCACCAGACCCCGACGACGACGACGGCUCCCUCGUCAUCCUGGAGGACUGAGACGACGGGAGGACACGAGAACGACAUCGGAAGAAGGGAAGAACGACAGGAGACGAAGUAACGAAAACAAGAAGACGAGAACGGGAUUGAGACGACGACGACAGAACGAGGGAAGAACGACAGGAGACUGGAGGCGACAUUCAUGAUAUGGAUGCGAGGAGAACCAGAGACGACGAGAACGGCAUAAGAAAAGAACGAAAACAAGAGAACGACAAUGGAGGCGACGAAAACGACAGAAAACGACAAAAAAGAAAACGGGAAGCUAGGGAAAGAGUGAUGACGAGGCGAGUGGAAGGGAGCUAGAGAAAGAUGAUGGAAAAGAUAUAUAUUGAAGAAUGAGGGAGAUGGUAAAAGAGGAGAGGAGAGGAAAACGGAAUAACAAAAAAUAAAGAAUGGUAAACUAAACUAAAGUGGAAUGAGAAAGAUUGUGAUUUAAAAGAACUUAAAACAACUUAAAAGAAGAAAACUAAAUGAAUGAGAGGAACGGUGAACUUAACGAAACUGACAAGAGAGUAUACGAAAAAAAUGAACGAAAUAAUUAUAUACAAAACAUUUAUAUAUAUAUUCUCGUAUUAAAAUAAAUGGGUGUUAAUA